CAAAAUACCGCUCCUUAGACGAAUAAUUGUGAUUCUGACUGUUGCAUGAAAACAACAUGUACUGUUUAGAGAUUUCAUUUGUAACGGGUGUGCUCCUUCUUUAUCUGGCCGGUAUUGACGCAAUCAAAAGUUCACCAGUCCGGAAGAGAGAUCCGAGUACUCAAUAUGAAAGUUGCAAAGAUAUUUUGGACAACGUACCAAGCGUAAAAGAAAACGAUGGUGUAUAUGAGAUAUAUGUGGGCGGUCAAAAUCGGAACGUCUUCUGUGACAUGUCAACGGAUGGGGGCGGCUGGACGGUAAUCCAAAAAAGAAUGGAUGGAUCUACGGACUUUUAUAGAAAAUGGGAUGCAUAUAAAAUCGGCUUUGGAAAUCCUUGCAGUAACUACUGGAUUGGAAAUGAUGCAAUACAUACUUUGACGACGACGAAGGAUCAAAUGCUUCGGAUUGAGCUUCAAAGUUUUGAUUGCGAUCAGACUUAUGCUACGUACGCUACAUUUCGCGUUGGGGAUGAGAGCAGUGACUACAAACUUACUAUAUCAGGUUAUAAAGGAGAUGCGGGAGACACUUUGUCGUUCCAAAACGGAAGGAAGUUCUCUACGCAGGACCGGUCUGAUGUCAAUAUGAUACAUCCUUGUGUCCAAAUCUAUCACGGAGCCUGGUGGUACGACAUCGACAACUGUACCUAUUCAAACCUUAACGGAAAGUAUGGAAACUCUAAUGGUGUGAAAUCCAGGAAAUCCAUGAAAUGGAAAAACCUGUUAAAGGGGACAUCGAUGAUGGUCAGGCCCAAGAACUAACCGACUUUCUGUUUAUCAUUAAAAGAUAAAAAUGU